AUGCUCCGUGCUGCUGCUGGCCGUGUCUCUGCCCCGCUCCGUCGGCUGGUCCAUUCUUCCGCCCCUCGUCGCGGAGGUGCUACUGAGGAGAUCUUCUCCGACACACAGAACGGAUACCUCUUUGGCGAGAAGCCGGGCGUCCCGCGCAAGAAGGAGCUGUGGGAGACCAUGAUGCAGAUCGGGAUGGGCGGCACCUUUGUUCUCGCCGCUAUCGGCCUCGCUUGCGCGCCCGAGACCUCGAUCAAGGUCUGGGCCGAGGAGGAGUCGGUCGCCCGCAUCAAGCGUCGCCAGGCCGAAGAGUAGGUGCCUAGUAAAGAGAGUGUUACGAA